AUGUCUCUCUCUACGAAAGCAAUUGUCGGCAUCGUUGGAGGCGGCGUCACCUUGCCGACAACUCUCGUGAUCGUCGUCCGGUUUUACUUCAAUACAAUCCAGCCACAACUCCAGUCAACUGUUGUCAACGCUUUGGCAGGACUGCUACAAUAUGGACGCCGCUCAAGCGGAAGCGUAACAUCCGAGACAGAGUUAUUAUCCCAGACGCAACGCCUAUCAAAAGAUGGCUCGUUGGAGGAAGAUAUGCCUGUGGAGAGUUGCUUAAGGGAGGCUUCCCACGGUCAGGACGCUUUGAUGGUUAGCAUCGUCCCUCCGAAUACGAGAGCUACAAAGCUGAAUUCGUACUGCGGCCCUCGCAUGCGAGGUUUUUAUUCACGAAUAUGCAGUUCGGCAGUCGAGCGCCUCGAGAUGAAGAUGUGA